AACAAUUACUCAGCUUCAACCUUUUUUUUUUCUCUGUCAAAUCCUCUCUUGUGAAUCCAUGGCUGCCUCUGUAGAUCCUUUGGUGGUGGGGCGGGUGAUCGGCGACGUUGUCGACAUGUUUGUACCAACGGCUACGAUGUCGGUCUACUUCAACUCCAAGCAUGUCACUAAUGGUUGUGAUAUUAAGCCUUCUAUGGCUGUUAACCCUCCAAGGCUUCUCAUUUCUGGUCAUCCUUGCGAUCUUUACACUCUGGUGAUGACGGACCCGGAUGCGCCGAGUCCUAGUGAACCCCAUAUGAGAGAAUGGGUGCACUGGAUAGUUGUAGACAUUCCUGGUGGUGCAAAUCUGAGCCAAGGAAAGGAGAUUGUGCCGUACUCGGGCCCCCGACCACCGAUCGGAAUUCACCGCUACAUCCUCCUGUUGUUCAAGCAAAAGAGCCCUAUUGGAAUGAUCGAUCAGCCCGCGAGCCGUGCCAAUUUCAACACUCGCCUGUUUGCAAGGCAUUUCAAUCUGGACCUGCCAGUGGCUGCAACCUAUUUCAAUUCUCAGAAGGAGCCAGCUACCAAGAAGUAUGCCCUUGCAGCCUGAAAUAAUCAUAAUAAUAAAACAAGACCCACCAACCAUAUAUGAUCUCUCACUAUAUAUAUAUAUUAAAAAAAAAAAAAGUUUUUUAAGUUUUAUAAUAAUUAAGAAAAAUAAUAAAAAGCUGGGAGAGGAAAAUUGGUAUACUGCCAUGGAAGGCUGUACUGUUGUCCAACAGCUUCUUCUUGA